AUGAUGCAGAAGAUUCUCGGCAUAGACAGAGCUGGCGGCGGCGGCGGCAUCAUGAACACCGUCUCGCAAGCCGGCCAGCGUGGCCUCACCUCCAUGUCGGGCGCCAUGAUGGCCUUCAAGGGCGACUCGGAGAGCCCGCCGGGCCUCGGCAACCUCGACAACUCGUGCUACCAGAACAGCAUCCUCCAGGGGCUCGCCUCGCUGAAGCCCCUGCCGCGGUACCUCUCCGAGCAGCUUCGCGACGCCGACCUCGACCGCAGGCGCUAUGACGCCACCGCCACGCUGCGUGGCUUGAUUGCAGACCUCAACAGCGUCGAGAACAAUGGGCGAACGCUGUGGACGCCCAGUUCCCUGAAGAACAUGAGCACCUGGCAGCAGCAGGAUGCGCAGGAAUACUUCUCCAAGCUGCUGGACGAGAUUGACAAGGAGAUUGCCAAGGCCGGGAUGCGUAAAAACAGCUUGCCGUCGCUCGACGCCAGCGCAACGGCCACAGCGGCACCCACCACAGCCAGCGCCCCGGACGAUACCAAUUUGAGCCAGCACAGCGACGACAGCGGCUACCAGAGCGUUUCCACCCUGUCGAGGGCAAGCUCGGCUGCCAAGCUCGCCAGGAACCCCCUCGAAGGCCUCGUCGCGCAGAGGGUCGCCUGCGUGCAGUGCGGCCACUCGGACGGCCUCGCCAUGAUCCCCUUCAACUGUCUGACCCUCAGCCUGGGCCUCAACUCGGCCGAGCACGACCUCUACGAACUCCUCGACGCGUACGCCAACAUCGAAUCCAUCGAAGGUGUCGAGUGCGGCAAGUGCACCCUUCUCAAGGUGCGCAAGCUCCUCAACAUCCUCAUCGAGCGUAACCCCGGAACGGGCAGCGAGAUGCCCCGAUCCCGCCUCGCCGCCGUUGAGGAGGCGUUUGAGAAUGACGACUUCGAAGACAAGACCAUCACGGAGAAGUGCAAAGUCUCGGCAUCCCACAAGGUCACCUCGACCAAGACGAAGCAGACCGUCAUCGCGCGCCCGCCGCAGAGCCUGGCGAUACACAUGAACCGCUCCGCCUUUGACGAGAACACGGGUCACAUGUGGAAGAACGGCGCCGCCGUCCGGUUUCCACCCACGCUGGACCUAGGACCGUGGUGCCUCGGCAGCGCGGGGACCUACGCGCGCGUCACGCCGGACGAAGAGGCCGGCACCAGUGGGAGCAGUGGCCGUGCUCCAUGGUCGCCGGUGACAAGGGCCAGUCCAAGAUCACGGGUCCCCUGUACGAGCUGCAGGCCGUGGUCACGCAUUUUGGCAGGCACGAGAACGGCCACUACAUUUGCUACCGCAAGUUUCCGCGCUCCUCCCCGCCGACGCAAGUCGCGCCGACAAAGGAUAUGGACGCCGACGACCUGCAGGCGACGGCCGGUGGCGGCGGCAUGGAGCUCAAACCCCUAG